AUGGUGUACAAUGAUGAGGUGAGGAAGUUCGUUGAGGGACUAGGAGUGGAGAAGAUAAGCAAGAGGCUGGUGAACUCGAGGGAAGGUCCUCCAGUGUUCGAGCAGCCGGAGAUGACUCUUGAGAAGCUUAUGGAGUAUGGUAACAUGCUUGUGAUGGAGAAAGAGAACGUCAAGAGAAUCCAGCUUGCUGACCAAUACUUUAACGAGACUGCGUUGGGAGAGAACGUCAAAAGAGUCCAGCUUCACUGUGUAACUUGCGUUGCAGGUAAAAGUGAUGUUACUGAUCCUGCGGCCAAAAACUUUGAUCCAAUAGCUAGAAGUGACUGA